ACCAACAUGAUAUUUGGUAUGUUUUCGUUCAGUUGCAAACUUGUGCUUGUAAAGUCAUUAAAAGUGAAUAUCAGUGAAUAUAAUGUGGGCUGUUUUGAAGAUAAUAAUUGUCACUUUUCUUUCGUUGGAUUCGACUACUUGGGCUUUAGAAAUAUCACUGUUUAAAGCAGAUGGUACCGAUUCAAGAGAUUUUUAUGAUACGUAUCAGUUUCAUUUUUACAAGGAAGCCCACUUAAAAAUGAAUAUAAAUGUAAAGUAUUUAGCACCGGGAUUGGAUACUGAAUUUUUAACCAAUAAUUGGAAUAAUCCUGUUUCCUAUCCACAAACAAAUCCCAAGAUAAACCAUUCUUUAAAACAUCAAAGUACAUAUAAUGUUACGUUGAAAAUAUGUACUAAAAAAACAUCAUACUGCAUAUGGAAAACAAUUGUUAAAGGAGAACGAGUUAAAGAUUCAUAUGCAUUAUCAGGCGAUGAUGAUCGUUGUUUAAACGAAGACCCGUGCAGCAUUGUGGUGAAUUUAUUUAAUAUUACAACAGAAUACAUAAAACAAGAAGCUUCGAGACCCACUGGUACACCUAAACCUACUUCUACUACGAGUAUUACAUAUACCUCUACAGUUAUCCCGGAUACCCUUCAACCAAUGGAAUGUAGUAGCGGAAUUCAAACUUCUACUGUGAUAUACAUCGCAGUGGCUAUGAUAUGUCUUGUGAUAUUGCUUGCUAUAAUAUACGUGAAAAAACAUCGCUGCCAGAAUUCGAGGCCAGUCCCACCCGUGAAUUUUCAAAAUUCUUCUUCUCCAAACCAAGUCCUGUAUGCUGAACUUAACCUGCCGCCCGCGCCGACAGACAAGCCACCAGCGAGCACUUGUGAAGAAUCACCUUACACGGAAAUAAUUGGGGUGUUGAAACCAAAGCCUGAGGUUUCAAAGAAAUAAAACUUAUAGUAUACCUA